ACCAGCUUCUCUCUUUCAGUUAGGCUCAAAGUUGCUACAAGAACAUUUUGCAUACUGACAAAUGUAAGAGUAGUACUGCACCAGUGAAAACAGGAGGCUUUUAACAUGUGCUACUGUUCUUGUUUGUUGCUUUUCAGUGGAAGUAGUAGUAUGUCAGUUGCUUUUCACUCCUAUUGACAAUAUAUAAUAAAUAGCUCUAUUGAUGCCCUAAUCAUUUUUAAUUUUUUGUAUGCUUUUAAAGAUGUGACUUGCUUCUGUUUCAGUUUUUAUAGGCCACCUUGAGUCCCAGGGCUGGGGAAGAGGCAGAGUGUAAAUGAACAGAAUAAUUAUUUCAAUUAUAAUACCAAGAUAUAUUUAAAAUUAGGAAAUAAUUUUGUUCUCACUAUAUUGUCUAGUUUAUACAUAUUCAAACAUAUAUAUGCAGGCAUGCACAGACAUAUACAGUUGAUGUGUUGAGGUUAAAAAGACAAUAAUUGAUGAGCUUUUGAACUGAAUGAAAGCAUUACCUUAAGUAAAUUUCAAGGUCAUUUUGUGCAAAAGAGGCUUAUGGAGAAGGAGACAACAGCGGAAGGAGUCAUGGAGGAUGGUAUGGACAUUGUAGCUGGGAUGGGAUGGCUUGUGGAAGGCUGAGAAAGGGAACGUGGGAUUGGGGGCCAGAUAGGAAAAGGCCUCGGUGAGAGAAGGAUACAGAAUUACUUAGCUCUCGGAAAUAAAGCCCUUGUUGUAGGUGAACGAAUCUCCCCAACUCUCUUCACUAACUUUGGUCAUUCAUCUGCCCAUUCCCGCAGGGAGGAGACCUGGUGGCUACCUGGAAUUGUCCAUCUUCUUUCCUAUACCAUAUGGUAAUAAUUCUUAACAAAGUCUUGCAAAGUCAAGUAUUGGAGCGGAGACUUUUGAUGGAAUCUUUAUUCUAAUGGAGGUGGAAGAAGAGUAACGUUGAUGCUUUUGUCAAACUCAUUAGUGCACAGAUCAAAGAUGGACAAACCAGACUCAGCUGGACUUGAAGCAGGAAGAGGGCCUGAUGGCAUGAGUUUUGAGAGCAGUGGAGAAUUCUGGGAAAGAACCGUGCAGAGGUUCCUGAGUGGGGACCUUGCCAGCUCAGACAUAGAGCGUCAGCACUUCAGACAUUUCUCCUAUGAAGAGGGCAAGGCCCCCCCGAGAGGUUUGCAGACGCCUCCACCAUCUCUGCCACCAGUGGCUGAAGCCAAAAGAACAGACCAAGCAUCAGAUCUUGGAUCUGGUGAUCCUGGAACAGUUUCUGACCAUCCUGCCCUCAGAGAUGGAGAAAUGGGUCAGAGAAUGUGGGGCAGAGACCUGUUCUCAGGCGGUGGCCCUGGCAGAAGGUUUCCUCCUGAGUCAGGCUGAGAAUGUAAAAGAGGAAGAACAGACCAAAUAUUUCCAUGUGGAAGUUGAGUCUUAUCAGUCUUUAUCAGAGGAGUUUCCAUUAGACACCGCCAAAGGUUCCUGUUGGAGGGAGCUCAAGCAGGAGGAUGACAGCACUGUGGCCUUGCAGGGGGCUGGAAUGAUGCUAUCUAGUUCUCAGUUGUCUCUUCCUCUUUGGGAUAGCCCAGAACCAGUUCAGGGUCCAGUGACCUUUGACGAUGUGGCUGUCCAUUUCUCCCCAGAGGAAUGGGCUCUUUUGGAUCCUGAUCAGAGAGUCCUCCAUGCACAGAUCAUGGAGGAGACCCAUCAGAUCCUGGCCUCUGUUGCAGAUAACUGGAGGAAGAGCAAGAUAUGUGCCAAAUGCGGGAAGUGUUUUGGGCACAAACGGGAGCUUGUCAGACACCAGAAACGCCACACAGAAGAGGAAUGUUCUACCAGAAAGAAGCCAUUCAAAUGCAAUGUAUGUGGAAAAAAGUUUGGCCAGAAUAUGGCACUUGCAUUUCACAAGAGGGUCCAUGCUGGAAAAAAACGUCGUAGAUGUAAAGUCUCGAGGAAAGGAUUUAAUUACAAAUCGCACCAUCUGAGCCAUCAAGCAUCCCACAAAAGAACAAAAACGCACAAAUGCCAGGAAUGUGGGAAACAUUUUGUUUGCAAUUCAGUACUAGUCAUUCAUCAGAGAGUCCACACAGGAGAGAAACCAUAUAAAUGCCUGGAGUGUGGGAAAUGUUUUUCUACAACUUCAAGCCUUGUGAAUCACCAGAGACGCCACACAGGAGAGAAACCAUAUAAAUGUCAGAACUGUGGCAAAUGUUUCUCUACAAAUUCAAACCUUGCAAGUCACCACAGAGUCCAUACAGGAGUGAAACCAUACAAAUGCCAGGAGUGUGGGAAAUAUUUGGCUGACAGGUCCUAUCUUCUUGACCACCAAAGAACCCACACAGGAGACAAACCAUACCAAUGCGAGGAAUGUGGGAAGUGCUUUUGUACAAAUUCAAGCCUUGCAAGCCACCGAAGAGUCCACACAGGUGUGAAACCACACAAAUGCCAGGAGUGUGGAAAAUGUUUUGCUCGCAGUUCAUACCUUGUGAUUCACCGGAGAUUACAUACAGGAGAGAAACCAUAUGAAUGCAAAGAAUGUAGAAAGUACUUUGUUUGCAGAUCUGAACUUGUGAGGCACCAGAACAACCAUAAAGGAAUGAAACCAUUUAAAUGCCAAGUGUGUGGGAAGUGUUUUUCUCGAAAUUCAGUCCUUGUGAGCCAUCAAAGAGUCCACACAGGAGAGAAACCGUACAAAUGCCAAGAAUGUGGGAAAUGUUUCGCUCAGAAUGCACACCUUAUCCGCCACCAGAGAAUACAUACAGGAGAGAAACCAUACAAAUGCCAGGAGUGUGAGAAAUGUUUUGCUCGUAAAGGACAUUUAGUGAUCCACCAGAGAGUUCAUACAGGGGAGAAACCAUAUAAAUGCCAGGAGUGUGGGAAAUCUUUUGCUCACAGUGCAUACCUUUUGAGCCACCAGAGAGUCCACACAAGAGAAAAACGACACAAAUGUCAGGAGUGUGGAAAAUGUUUUUCUAGAAAUUUAAGCCUUGUGAUCCACCAGAGAGAGCACAUAGGAGAGAAACCAUACAAAUGUCAGGAGUGUGGGAAAUGUUUUUCUCACAGUUCACACUUUGUGAUUCAUCACAGAGUACACACAGGAGAGAAACCAUAUAAAUGUCAGGAAUGUGGGAAAUGUUUUUCUACAGGUUCAAUCCUUGUGGCCCACCUGAAAGUCCACACAGGAGAGAAACCAUACCAGUGCCAAGAAUGUGGGAAAUGUUUUUCCAAAAAUGCAAACCUUGAAAGUCACCGGAGAGUCCACACAGGAGAGAAACCAUACAAAUGCCAGGAGUGUGGGAAAUGUUUUGCUCACGGUUCAUACCUUGCAAUUCACCGGAGGCUCCACACAGGAGAGAAGCCCUACGAAUGCCAGGAGUGUGGGAAAUAUUUUGCUCGCAGGUCAUACCUUGUGCAACACAAAAGAUUCCACACAGGAGAGAAACCAUACAAAUGUCAGGAGUGUAGAAUAUACUUUGUUUGUAGGUCAGAACUUGAGGAGCACCAGAGCAAUCAUACAGGAGAGCAACCAUACAAAUGCCAAGUGUGUGGGAAAUGUUUUUCUCGAAAUUCAACCCUUGUCAGCCAUCAGAGAGUCCACACAGGAGAGAAACCAUACAAGUGCCAGGAAUGUGGGAAAUGUUUUGCUCAGAAUGCACACCUUGUCAUCCACCAAAGAAUUCACACAGGAGAGAAACCAUACAAAUGUCAGGAGUGUGGGAAAUGUUUUUCUCAAAAUUCAAGCCGUGUGAGUCAUCAGAGAAUUCACUUAGAAGAAAAAUGAUACAAAUCCGAUUAGUGUGGACAAUAUUUUGCUCAAAUGUUCAUACCUUGUGAAGCCUAAGAGACUUCACACUGCAAAGAAACCACACAGACACCCAGAGUAUGGGACAUGUUGUUCUAAAAAUACAAGCCCUGUGAGCUACCAGAUCCUAUAUUAAUUCGAAGUUGUAUAAUUAGUGUUCACAAUGAUGCCUAUUUCACGAAUUAUGAAAAUUUAGAAUUCCGAUUUAAAUUUUAAAAUACAAUUAAAAUUUUAAAUUUCUGGUUUUUAAUUCAAAGAAAAUUGAACAAACUUAUAUAGGUGACAUAGGCAUCCUGUUUUCUGAGCGAUCCCCUUCUAGUUUGGUGUCAUCUAAGAAUCUGACCUAACAUUCAUUUUGUUAGUACUGGUCCAAAAAUCUGUUAAGGACAUCUUGAAUAUGAUCCCAUCCUUUGAAAUAAAGAGAAGGAUUUGGAUAGGAGGAAAUGCAUCAGAUGGCUUUCUUCUUGGAGAACAAAGCAGAAGUAUAGCUGGGAACUAAUUGAGGAGCUGGGUAUGGGGAACAAAGAAGUAUGAAAAGGAGGAAACAUGAAUUCUAAAGUGAAGUGGAAAGAGAUGGAUAAAUUAUUUCUUUUCUUCAUGUUCAGGCAGUCACAACUCAGAGUCUAAAAUGCAGGUGUGUGUCCCACCCAUGGACCUUUUUGCCUGUGUUUCUUUUUGGCAUAAGCAGACUGUGACUCUCCUCAGUUUACUUUCUUUUCAUUUCUGUUGAAUUUUAAAGGAAUACAUCACUUAACAAUGCCAUCUUUACAAAAUCUUUUCAUGCUCAACCAGCCCCCCUUUUUCUUCCUUAUCCUCUGAACAGCAGGCAGUUUUUCGCAGCAUUGGAAUUAGGCCCUUGUGGUCUUUCCAACUCUAAGAUUCUUUGAUUCUGUGAUUCUAAGGUGAAAGCUGGAGAGUUUGAGGGUUGGGUUGCUGCAGUUUAUCUGCAGUAAACAAUGCAAUAAAUGCUUUAGCUGGGAAAGACUGGGAUUCAACUCUGCUUAUAACUAACAAUCUGUAAUUCCUUGGAACAAUCUAUCUGUAAUUCCUUGCAAGAACAGUAGAACACAGAGGAAAGUGAAAUAAGUGCCUCACCAGCCCCCCUCUCUGUGUUAAAAAAGCAUUGGUCUGUAUGCUUAGGCACCAAAAUAGAAAUUAUAAGAUAGUGGAGGCUAGUUAAACAAUUGUUUGAUUGAUAGAUAGAUUGAUUGAUUGAUUGAAGUUAUACUCUGACAUUUUCCCAGUAAGGGAUUCAAGGUGGCUUACAGAUAUAUAAAAACAAGCUUAAAUUAAAAUCCUAUUUUAUGGAAGUUAAAAAAAGAAAUACGGUAACAAUAUUAUUAAUAACCAUGGUUUAAACAGUUAAAAACACAUUUUGAGCCCAGACAGGCUCAUACAGAGGGAUAGAUAUCUUGUGCCAUAUAGGGCUUUAUAGGUCAUAAGCAGCACUUUGAAUUGUGCCUGGAAACAGGCUGCCAGCCAGUGGAGCUGAACAAGGGCAUAGUAGCCUGAAUAAUAAUCCUGUAGUCUGCACCGAUUAACACUUUGUCUGUCACUCUUUGUAAUCACUGAAGUUAUUAAGAGAGAUCUGAAGGGGUGAUAUAUACCAAUCAAAGAAAUCUUCUUAACUUUCCUAUAUGUUGUGAUACUUUUUACACACCCAACAGGGACAAGAUCCUUUUUAUGCAAGUUUUCUUAAAUAUAUUAAAGACCUUGGGUAACAUAAUUGGUAGUAAUUUGUGCUCUUGACACUAUCUAUCUAUCUAUCUUAUGGUAAUGUUAUGCACUGAUUUGGGUUCUAGUUCAUGAAAUUUAAGAUCUGGAAGUGUGAAUAAUAUAUUUAUAAAGCAGAAAGCUAUGUGUGUUGUGGAGUGUGUGUGUGUGUUGUGUGUGUGUGUGUGUGUGUGUGUGAGAGAGAGAGAGACCAAGAGUCUAGUUCCAGACAUGAAGCCAAUCUAACUAUAAACAAUGUUAAGCUAGUAUGAGAACUGUGAAUUCACCUAUAAUGAAACUGAGACAGGUGCUGUGUUAAAGGGAAGAACUGAUGCAACCAAAUAGCUAAUGUAAUUCAAUGACAGAUAGCCAAAAUCCAAUUGUACCUCUAAGGAAGGGACUAAUUGUUUAGAUAAAUGGGGAAUGUAUAUGUCUCUUAUCUAUUUGGAUAAGAUAAAUCAGCUGAUAGGCUAAGGAAGAUAAACAGAUCAAGCAAAGAAAGAAGCAGACUGACCAAGCAUCUGUCUCCAUUAUAGAUAAGGCUGCUGUGCAGCCUCAAAGGGUAUGCCAUUCCUAGCUGAUAAUGGCCCUGACCAUGCAGAUAAAGGCAGACAAUGCUGGUAAGAAGCUCUGCUCUCACCUAGGCUAUGCUAACGCUAUAUUUCCCAUUCUAAUUGUAAUACAUGCCCUUUAUGGGUGACAUAUAUAGCUAUGUAUUCCACAGAUGCCUGUUUCUAAACAGAUGGGAUCAUAUUCUGUAGUGGAUAAGUAGCUAAAUUAUAUUGGUUAAGAUGGUAAAGUUCCUCUAAGUGUUUACUAUAGAGAUGCCUGUUAAGAAGAUAUAGAAGAUAUAACAGUUCUAUUCUUAUGAAAGUGCAACACCUUACCUGCUAUAUACUAUAAUGUAAUGUACUGUAUGAUGCCUUACGUGUAAUGCAAUGUAAUGGAAGUAGUGUGCCUAGGCAUUAAAAUAUCUGUGUUUCUCCCUAGCGGGGUAUGUAUACUUGUGUAUGCCUAUUAUAAAUAGCUGAAAAGACUAAUAU